AUGGCCACAUUGCAAUGGGGAUCCUUCGCUGACGCUGGCUUCAAGGAGCUUGUAGCGUCGGCGGACCCCACGCUCAACAUCAGCGAACGUCCGGUUAGCGAACGUUAUACCCUCGGUGAUGAAAUAGGUUGCGGGUCAUAUGGGCGAGCUGUGCGCGCAACACGAAUAGAGGACGGCUUGAGUGUGGUGGUGAAACAGAUUCGACUCUUCGAGAUGGAUGAAAAAGCCCGCAUGGACACGCUUAACGAGGCGAAAGUGCUGGCCCAAUUCAACCACGUCAACAUCGUCCACUAUUACGAGUGCAUGCUUGAGGGCGGCGUGCUGAACAUCGUGAUGGAGUACGCUCCAGGGGGGGACCUGGCGGCUGCCAUUCAGCGGCGGCAGCAGGAGAAGAAGCCCUUCACCGAGGACGAAAUCAUGUUCUGGUUCGUCCAAGUGGUGCUGGCUCUGUACCACGUGCACGGCAAGAAUGUACUGCACCGGGACCUCAAGUCUCAGAACAUCUUCAUUGGAGAGGGUGGCCUGCUGAAGCUGGGCGACUUCGGCAUCGCCCGGGUGCUGAACAGCGACACGGAGCUGGCGCGGACUGUGAUCGGAUCUCCGUACUACCUGUCCCCGGAGAUCUGUGAGGACCGGCCGUACAACCGCAAGAGCGACGUAUGGUCUCUGGGUUGUGUGUUGUACGAGCUGACCACCCUGCGCCGCGCCUUCGACGGCCAGAGCCUGCCCGCGCUGGUGGUUAAGAUCCUGCGUGGCAAGUACCCGCCCGUACCCACGCGGUACAGCACACCGCUGAGGGCCCUCAUUGAGUCGAUGCUUAAACAGGAUCCCAAGGACCGGCCCUCCGCCGAUGCCAUCCUGCGGAAGGACUUUGUACGGCAGCACCUGGAGCGUUACGCGGCCCAUGUCAUGUCGCGCGGCCUCGGCGCCUCGGACGCUGCCGCUGCUGCGGAGGGGGGCCCAGGGCCGGGGGCCUUGCAGGGGCCCGGCAGUGUCCCGCUGGCGGCGGCGGCGGCGGCGCUAGGGCUGGCGGCGUUGGGGGCAGCGGAGGCCAGGCCCCGCCCCUUCCCCGCGCCUCACCGGACGCCCCGCCCCGCCGCCGCCAACCGGCCGCCACGGGGGCCCUCCGCGGGUUCCGGAGCUGCAGGGCCCGCCCCGCCCGCCGCCGCCGCCGCCGCCGCUGCGGCCGCGGCGGGUGGUGGUGGUGGUGAUAUGGAGCGAUGCAGCUCCUACGACGUCAGUGAGACGGAGACGGCUCCGACCACACCCGGGGAGGGCAGCUCGCCCAGCAAGGCGGUGCAGGCGGCCCGGCGGGGUCAGCAGCGGCUGGUGGAGUCCGGCUGGAUACGUCAGCAGCAGGCGGCACUGGCGCAGCUAGAAGGGGCUCUGGCGGCACAGAGGGUGAGGACGGGAGCGAGGGCUCGGGUGAGGGGUGAGGCCGCCGCUGCUGCUGCUGCUGCUGCCGGCGGCGGCGUUGCAGGGGCCGCGCUCGAGGCGACUGCCAAGCUGGCUGAGCUGAAGCUGCAACGGGACGCCGAGCUGGAGGCCCAACGGCGGGCCAAUGCGGCCAUGCGGGAGCAGAAGAAGGCCGCGGCGGCCAGGAGGAACCACGAGGCAGCGGUGGCGAUGCGGAACCGGGCGGCGGAGCGACAGAAGGAAAUUGAGCGCAACCUGGUGGAGCAGAGGGCGGAGAUGGAGGCCAAGGCACAAAAGGCGCUGCAGCUCGCGGCGGUCAUCAAGGCCAAGGAGGAAGCCCGUCGGCGCGAGCAGGAGGUGGCAGCCCAGCAGAUGUCAGCACACCGGGAGCACGUCCGAGCGGCGAGGGCGCGAAUCAACAAGGAGCAGCUGGCGGAGCUGGGGGCGCAGUUCGCGUCGCGCAUGGCAACAGCGCUCGGCGGCGGGGGGGCCUUUGGCGGCGGUGACGCGGCAUCUGGGGGGCCUCAGGUCCUAGUGGUGGACUUCAGCGCUGCCCACCAACUCCAACAAGGGGAUUGCAAAGCAUCGCCGCCCGUCCGACGUGGCUCCGGAGCCUACUCCGCCGACGGCGACGGCGCCGCUGGGGCCGGUGGCCACCUGCAACCGCGCCGGAAGAUAUCGGGACAGUCGCCGAUGCCCCGCGCGUCGCGGUCGUCUGCCGGCGCGGCAUGUGGCGACCAUAGCGACGGCGGCGCGGGGCCGUUAGGUCGAGGCCGACCGGCGGCGGAACCCCCGUGGAAGCUACGGCCUAAGGGCGCCAAGUCGGGGGAAUUUCCCGAUGUGCAGAUCUUCACGCCAUUCGGCACGACGGACACGGCGGCGUCGCCACCGGCGGCGCUGGCGGCGCAGCAGCCGGACGCGGCCGCGGCCGAAGAGGACCAACAGGUGGGUUGGGCGGCUGCCGGGGUCCUGGAGGUGCUGGCCCAGAUCCACACAGUGCUGGAAGAGGACCACGAGCAGGACCACGAGCAGGACGACGGAGGGGACGGAGGAGGGGACGACGACGGGGGCGGCGGUGCCGGCGCCGGCGGGCAGAAGCCGCCGCCGCGCGGCGGCGCCGCUGCUGCGGCCGCUAAUGCGCUCAAAGUGGAGGAGCUCCGAAUAGAGCUGGAGCGACAGCUGGGGGGCCAGGCUUUCCUGGCGGCGUAUCGAUGUCUGCGGGAGAUGCAGGACCGAGCAGAUGACGGCGACGGGGACGGCGUUAGCAGUGGCGGGGGCCCCGGCGGCGGCGGCGGCGGGGGGCCCUCGACGCAGAGCGACCUGGAGCGCAUCCUGGGUCGCAAGCUGCACUUGGCGCGCCUGGUUCAUAAGCUGAUUACGUUGGAGGACUCGGUCUUUUCAUGA